UGUCAAAAUGACGUUGACAAGUUUGUUUACAGUCUGCUGUUGAAUAACACGAAAUACCAUGCUGAAGUGGUUCAACUUUACUCGCACCUUGGUACCCUUGGUGCCCCGACCAAUCCGCACCGUACGAUGGUAUUCCGAAGCGGUUCCAUCCACCACCCAAACCGUAGAACAACCAGCCCCCAUUGGCGUUCCGGACAAACUGUACAGCCGGGUGGAACUACAGAUGAAAGGCAUCGAUCCGGAAGUGAUGAAAAGCUAUGCCCUGUAUACUAAGACAGCAGCAGAACAUUUGAACAUAGAAGUUGGUAAAAACUGGGUACUCCGGAAAGCGGUAAAGGAUCGUUUGACGCUGUUGAAAUCGGUACACAUCUACAAGAAGCAUAGAGUGCAGUACGAGGUGCGAAAUUACUAUCGAUUUAUGCACUUUCACAAGCUUACCGGAUCGACGCUCGAUACGUUCCUGGAGUAUAUCGAACGCAACCUACCGGAGGGUAUAGCAUUAAAAGUGACUAAAGUGGAGCUACAGCAACUGCCAGAACAUUUGCGAAAGUAAUGAAAUGGUGUAAUUUAGUUAUUAAAGUUGUGCAUCGUGU